CCGUGCACGCUACAAUAUGUACUGAAUACCUAGUGUACAAAACCGUGUAAGAGAAGUGCUAUGGUAGAAUAUGUUCGAAACAUACAAAAUGUACGAUAACACUAAUAAUUUUAGUUUUGAAAAAACUGAGCACCGUCUGUCCGUCCCUCCAGCUCGUGUUAACCAGAGGCAAAUUUCUUCAUUCGCCAUCUCUGUGAAAGAAAUGUCUCGAAACCCCUCUGCUGUUUUGGAUUUUUUUUGUUAAAUACCAAGACUACCAAAAACAAGUUGAAUGCAAACUGUGCAAGCGACUGUUGAUGUAUCAUAGAGGCACAACCAAUCUCUGAGUUUCAGAUACUCCUCUGGAGUUUGUGGCAGAAUACUUAACAAAAGCCAAAGAGAUAGCAGAGGCGGACCCCAAUGUCCCUGAAGAACUGACGAAUUACUUGCAGAAGGCUUUGAGUAUUGCGUCCGGAUUAGACUCGUAUCUAGAAGAUGUGACUGAUCAGGAGAGUGAACAUCUGUCAGCUCUUUACAGGAAAACAAUGGAUCAUGACUGGAACAAAAUAUACAAAGAUGGCAAAACAAGGUUUAAGCUUCCCAAACAAUGCAUUACUGGCCAUGUUGAAGGAGUUGGUUGCUACUGGAGAACAGUUUGACUUUGUGUUCAUUGAUGCUGAUAAAGUCAACUACAUCAACUACUACAAUUGUAUCUUGGACAACAAUUUACUCCGAGCAGAUGGUGUGAUCUGCGUGGAUAAUUCUUUAUUCAAAGGGCAGGUUUUUCUGGAGAAUGUCACUCAUGAGAACAGCCUGGCCCUCAGAAAAUUUAAUUUAGCUGUUCAAAAUGAUCCUCGGGUAGAACAGGUGAUCCUACCUGUGCGAGAUGGGAUAAGCAUAAUUAGAAGAGUCUCAAAUGCAACAGCAGAAAAAGAACAGAAGAAUGGGGUGGUUAGAGAUGAGGUGUUUUCUGGUCUGCAUGGAAAAAGCAUUCUGGAUCGUCUGAGACUGGAUGGAAAAGCUGCCUAUGUCACCGGUGGAGGUCAGGGGAUUGGCAGAGCCCUUGCACACGCCUUGGGAGAAGCAGGGGCAAAGGUUGCCAUUGUAGAUGCUGUGCUCGAGAAGGCAGAAUCUGUAGCAUAUGAGCUUAAACUAAAAGGUAUACAGUCCAUUUCCAUUGCUGCAGAUAUUAGCAAGUCUGAGGAUGUGCAAAGGAUGAUUGAUAUGAUUGUAUCCAAAUGGAGUACAAUUCACAUAGCAUGCAAUAAUGCUGGAAUCAAUUCCGCCAGUGAAGACACAACAUUGAAAGAGUGGGAUCAGACUUUUAACAUCAACUUGCGGGGAACCUUCAUGUGCUGUCAAGCUGCAGGUCGCAUUAUGCUGAAGCAAGGAUAUGGGAAGAUAAUUAACACAGCAUCCAUGGCAAGCUUAAUAGUCCCUCAUCCUCUGAAACAGUUGGCAUAUAACACAUCAAAAGCUGGGGUAGUGAAGCUGACUCAGACACUCGGCUCUGAGUGGAUUGACAGAGGAGUCCGAGUCAACUGCCUUUCACCGAAUUGUUGACACCCCUCUCAUCCAUUCUGAAGCUCUGAAGCCACUGGUACAACGCUGGCUGACAGAUAUCCCUGCUGGACGACUGGCUCAAGUGACAGACCUGCAAGCUGCAGUGGUUUACUUGGCAUCUGAAGCCUCCGAUUACAUGACAGGGCAUAACUUGGUCAUAGAAGGUGGUCAAAGUCUAUGGUAGAAAAAUGGAUUUAUGAAUGCUUUACCAGUAAGUUUUCAGAAUGGGAUCAACAACAUGUACAUGUAAUCAAUCAACUUUGGAUUAAUGUGAUAUUAACCAUUAGUGAGCUCAAAAUUAGGAGGGCUGUAUUUAAACACAGUGGAAUAGUAGCGUUGUAUUAGAGUAGUCUUUAUUAGAUUCAUGUUAUUGAUGACAAAACUCUACAAAAAGUGGACCAUGCUUUAUUCAUUUACAGCAAAGGUCUUUUCUAGUGAAACAGCAAUUCCAGCACAGCAUAAAACAAACCAUUACACAUACGCAUCAUCACAGACUGAAUGACAGCCAGGCCUGCUCUUGACACUAUUUUUGUUUUUUUAAAUGGAACUUCAAUUUACAGUUGGGGUGACUUAAAAUCCGGGGCUUGACUGGAAAAUAACAGCUUAUACAAUUAUACUGACCUUCAUUGUGUGGUAUAUAAAACGUAAAGACACACUUCCAAAUUAGUAUUAAGAAAACUACCAGGAAAGUAGACAUACACAGAAAUAUAGAAUACAUUUGUUCAUGAAAUCUUAAUUUUCUCUUUGAAUGUUUUCCUGCACGGUUAUAAUAACUAAUUACACAGUACUGGAUGGUUUAUUUAUUACUUUUUUUAGAUGGAUAAGAACACAAAACUGUCUUGCAGUCAAUACAUUUUAACAUUGCACUAAAGGACUUCCAUUUACGUCCUGAUAAACUAGCAAUCAUACAUGCAGUAGUAUAGCAGUUGACGAAUCAUGAUGGUGGAAAGGAUGAUCUUUGUAAUAAAAUACAGGUCAAUGUCUGUUCUGGAAGCGAGGAUUUAAUAACCCAUUACUACAAAGAGCAUGAAGAGGUUUCUGAAUUAAUUCAUGCUUGCUGAGGUUCCUGCCUGGGGAGAGGAAUUUAGAUCAGACUUAGGCCUAAAUUAAAUAAAAAAAUUGUGUCAUGAUCAUGUUUACCCUUUUAUUUUUGGACAAGGAAAUGCAACUAGCUACAUUCUAGCCCCUUUUUCUACAGUCACUGAUUCACACAAUGGUCUUUUAAAGUGUGCAGAUAUGAGUGGUGCUUACAUUUUUAUAAUUGCAAUCUAUUCUAUUUAGAUAGUUUUACUUGUAGAAAAGGUUAACUUAAAGCCCCAUAUAAAUGACUGCAAUUAUUUCAAAGAAAAAGCAAACGAGUAGAGAAUUCUCGUUAUUAUGUACACAAUACCCAUCGUGAUUCCAGUUGUCUAAUUCAUUUGGCAUAGAUGUUUCCAAGUGCACUAAUUAACAACACGACAUACACUGGAAGUGUGCAGCGUUUGAUGUCAUAGGUAUGCCAACACAAUGGUGUCAUUGCAUCAUCAAGUAUUUGUAUUUACCUGUGGUUAGUAAGAUAAUAAAACAACUCAUCUCAAAUAACAUAAACAAUAUGAAUUUAACUACAGACAAGGAAAAGAAAAAUAAUCGGCAAGCCAUAAUAUAAUUAGGAAUACAUUACAGUGUGGCCCAAAGAUUUGGGUUAUAUUUUUUGUACAGUAAAGUAUUGUAAAUGCUGGUAUUGUUUUUUCCUUUGUAUAACUAAUUUGUCCCGAAACAGCAUCCAGAUGAAAUGAUCUACAAUACAGACUCUUCUAUAGCUAGUGAAAUCUGUAAUAUUUCAGUUUUUGUAAUUUAUGAGCUUUCACGGAUAUAAAUAGUGUUGCUGAAAGUCAAUAAUACAUAGUUAUUUGUUUUUUUUUGGUUGCAUUUGUGGGAUUUUUGAUUUUCAAGUUACAUAUACCUGUAUAUGUGUAACAUUAUUAAUUAUAAUGGUGCUAAAUACUCCUCGAGUUAGUAUUGGUAGGGGCUGCCUUGAUGAAAACAUCUAGCAGUAAUGUAAUGUAGGACAACUAGUUGGCUUGUUAAUAUACUAAUAAAGAUAGAUUAGGCUGGACAUAAUAUAUUUGUUUGGAAUUUAAGUGUUGACUCUUGCUUCCUUGCUACUGUGCAUUAAUAAAUCUACAUCUUAAGGAAAGCAUUUUAAUGAUCUCUCACAGUAAUUAAGAAAUGCAGCACCACUGGAAGGCAGUCAAUACACAAUAUAUGCAUGUACAGUUUAUAGGGGUAGUACUGUACCUUUUAUUGAAACCGCUUUUUGUACCACGUUAGGUUCAUCCUCAUUUAUCUAAGUCAUGCAUAUGUUAAGCUUUAGCAUUAAGGAUGUUCAUGUCUUUUUUGGUAAUUUCCGUGUACUAAAAUGUCAUUAUCUGUAAGUAAUCAAGACAGGUAGGGAAUAAUUUCAGCACACCAUCGUUUUGUCUUCCAGUUCUGGUAUAGCCAGAGGGUUUUUUAGAGGGAGAAAACAUUUGAAAUGAUUCUAUGAAAAAUAAUACAUGUUCAUGUUCAAUUGAUUUUUAGGAUACUGGUAGAAUAAAGAAAGAAAGAAAGAAAGAAAGAAAGAAAGAAAGAAAGAAGGAAAGACUAUUGGAAUUUGAAGGCUAAGCUUCUCAAAUAAAUAAUUGAAGGUGGCUUUCCAACAAUGUAUUAUUAUAUAUAUUUUUAUGGUAAAGCUGAUAAACCAUACACAUUAGUUCAAGUAAAUGAGAAAUUAUGUUGUGUAUGGUUUAUUAAAUGUAUACCCCUAGUGCAAAUUCCUGAUUUUCAUCAAAUUUCAAAUCACAAAACACCGCUGUCAGACCCUAUUAGACUUCAGUGUACUUGUUUGCAAGCUCAUGACUUAUUUAUUGUUGUGUGAUUGUUAUGUUUACUUGUAUUAAUGAAAGCUCACUGAUUUGAGAUAUUGGAGCACAGAGGGGUAUCCUGUAGUUCAAACAGGAAGCUGCUUUUGUGAUUCGCCCAUUUUAACAAUUUCACAGCAGAUUUUUUUGUAAUACAAAUGGAGCAUCAGUGGCCUAUAAUGGAAUGCAAAUCAAGUCUAUAUAAUGUUGUUUCGCUGAAACAGCAACUUCACGGCAGCACCAGUGGAAAUCCAGACAUACCACAGAACUUGCUAAUGUAACAGGCAUUUGAAAAGGAUUUACGGAAUGCUGCAUAAAAGGUAUACAGACAGUAACAAGGGUAGAGAUUAGAUGGGUCUAAAAGCUUGUUUUUAUAAGGCCUUACAACAUGCUAUUCCCUAUAGCCAGUUAAGUCUGUUUUUAUCAGUAUUUGGAAUUACUCUGAUUAUCAUAAGUGAAGUUGAGCUGAAACAUUCCUUGUAAAGUGAUUAUUUUUUUUUUUUUAACUUUUCUUUAAAAAUCUAAUUUGCACCUGCAAAUAACGUCUAGUUAACCUCACUGAAGUCCGCAUUACUGCUCAGUUUUCCUUCAGUUUUAGGUAGUGUUUUGGUUUUCAUAUAAUGAUAAAUUAUUGAGCAAUAAGCUGAAUCAUUUAACUGUGCACUAAUUACCUAAUGGGAUUUCAUUUUUUUUAAAUGUAAAUUGAAGCCCUUUAUUCUCAUUAACUAACACAUUGCUUUUUGUUGAGCAUUCUGCAGGUCUGAUCAAAUUUGGAUAGCUCUCAUUAAAAAUCUGUUAUCUGAGUCGUGACAGUUAUAUAUGCAAUGCUUUGUAAAGAAUGAGUUUGGUAAGGAAAGCUUGGUUCGCCAUUAAUUAAUCCUAACAUUUAAGAAUCCAACUAUCGCUUUAAUUACUGAAUUAUGCUUAGGGUAUUGUGUUUUGAAUAGCAGCAAUAUGCAAUAGUAUCUUCUGUGAACAAAAAAAUGGAAACACCAAUGUAAAGUCACUUAAUAGGACGUUGGGCCACUAUUGUAUCCCGCUCUGUGGAGUUCUCGGCGGACCGUUUUUGAUGAAACUGUCGCCCUAGGUUGAAAUUUGCAGUCAAUUGAUCUGCAGUUGCUCGCCUGUUUUGUGUUGCACUUCGAAUUAAUGCACGGAUAUCACGAUCCUGGAGUAUUUGCUUCCGCCCACUGUUGCCCUUUGCUGAUGAUGUGUUUCCCUUGGAGUUCCAUGCCGACAUCACCUUAGACACCGUUGCUCGUGAAACAUCAGCAAGUUGAGCUGUCUUGGUCACUGAAGCUCCUGCCAAACACGCCCCAACAAUCACCCCUCUUUCAAAGUCACUGAAGUCUCCGCUUGCAGCCAUGUUAGCCAUAAUUAUAGGCAACCAGGCCUGUCCAGCAUUUUUAUACAUGACCCUAUGCAUGCUGGGAUGUUAUUUGCUUAAUUAACGCAUGAGCCACACCUGUGUGGAAGCCCUUGCUUUCAAUAUACUUAGUGUCCCUCAUUUACCCAGGUGUUUCCAUUUUUUUGUUCACUACCUGUAGAUUAAUGGUCUGUUUUUAAUGCCCUAAAUUUACCAUCAGUUCACUUAACCUCCUUGUCCGUCUUUUGGGUGAGACGUUAUUGUAAGUGACUCUGCAGCUGAUGCAUAGUUCACACACCCUAGUCUCUAAGUUGCCUUGGAUAAAGGUGUCUGCUUAAUAAUAAUAAUCAUCAGCCUUGCAGUUUGAGACUUAGAGACGACUUAAGCAGUUUACCAUGUGAUUAGAUGAGGUUCAUUAUAAAGGAAGUCUAAACAUUCUUAUUAACAAUCUCAGAAGAUGCAGCUUGUUUUUUCUCAGGUGGCAAAGUCACUUGACAUCACGAUGUGUCGGUCUUGAUAGCACUGUUUGCAGUGUCAUUAUCUAUCAUUCAUCUAAAUGUCAUCUUCAGCUUAUUGAUGGUAUUAUACACUGUCUUGAUAUAAUAUAAUGUUCCCCAGAGGCAAUAUGUGAAAGCUAAAGAGAAUCAGGCCAAGACGCCAACCCUGGGGAACACCACAGCUAACAGGCACAGUGGUUGAAAAUGAAUUAUUGUAUCAAAUAGAAUUGAAUAUAAUCUAUCUGAAAUCUGACAAAUGAUAAAAAGUUUCAUUCAGAUCACCAAUGUGUGAUUGUAAAAGGCAAACCAAAUAACCUUUACCCACCAUCUGAAUACUGGAUUUCAAUAGUCCAUCAGAAUACAGAAUACACCGCAUCAUAGCGUCGAACAAUCGGAAUAAGAAAUAUUAACAACAGAGACGGUGGCAGUCAAGGGCCAUUUUUUUAAAAUAACAUCAAAGUGAAGCAUUGAAAAGUUUAACGAGGGACAUUUGAUACACAUUUUGAGACCAAAUUGCACAACCACCACUCACUCGCUGGAGAUAUGAUAAAAUAACAUAGCUGAUGUGGUAUAUGUCAGAAACAUGACGUUUGGUGAGUAAAGGUCCUAUACAAGACAAUUGGUGCAAUUACCCACAUGGAGGUGAAAAUACAGUUUCAAAAUGAUUUCAUACAGUAACUUAUUUUAGGGAAAAGAUCAAUUCCCACUUUUCAGUUUUUUUCACGAAUAUUUUUGGGCCUGUGCAGAGGAUAUUGAAACCAAUGACACCUUGAAAGAGGCAGUGGAGGAGUGCUGUGGGGUUCAACCCAAAUGUAUGGCUGAUUGAUAUAUCUGUAUCUAUAUGCUUAUAGUAUAUGAUUGUAGGGAAGCUUGUUUUAACCAGUCUUAGGAAAUGCAAAUGUUCCUUUGUAUCUCUAUAAACAAUGGAAGGAAAGCAUGACAUUUCCUUUUUAAUGCAUUUUAACAAAGGCAAUCAUUUUCUUGGCAUUCUUGUUUUCGUGUAAUAUAAUGCAUGAUAUUGCAAAGCACUUUGGUGUAAUGUUUCAUUUUCUUAAUCUUUUUCGACAUGCAGUAUUACAGACAGACACAAACCCUUUGAAUGGUACAUGACAGUUGUUCAGUAAUAAUUGGUAUGGUUUCUCUUUGACAUCUGCCUCAGUGACAGCUGCUUUGUUCUGUGGUCAGAUUUUCUUCUUGCCACAUCAAAGAACCUCUGUAUACAGUAACAGUGAAACAGUUCAAAGGCGUAGUUGACAUGAUAGGUUGUGGCAUUGCAACAGGGACAUUUUAUUUAGGUUGUUUUUAAAUUAAUUAAUUUAUUUUCCAGUUAUUAACUUACAGUGUACAAGUUAAAAACUAGCAUUAAGUGUUACCAGAAAUACUACUUAAACAUCAUUGAAGAAACCUGAGACAUGAGUGCACAUGAAGUAAAGGAACAAGCUAAGGUCUCAGCAUGCAUUAGGUAGGAACUGUCCUGACUGUAGAGAUAAGCUUAACUGUUGUUGGGGCCAAACGAUCGGAACUCAUAGAAACUAUAGCUGAGUUACAGCUCCUGUGUCUUUUCAGAAGCUAAAAGCGUCAGUGGAAUUCGUAUCGGGAACUUAAAAAUGAAAGAUGAAAGAUGGGAUGGAAAAUAGUCAAAUCAAAAAAACCUUCCACCCUCUUGUCAAUCAUUGGUACAUGUCAGGUUGCGCACAGUUUCUAAUAUUUUAAAGAAGAAACACAGCUCUUUCUUUGCUGUUGGUGCUAGCACAGAGGUGAUGUAACUCUGAAACAGCCUAUAUUGCUGACUUUCUUCACCAGACCAGCUAUUCAACAGAGAGUGUUUUCUUACAGCUAAUGUAACAAUGGGCUUAAAUAUAUGUUUCGCAUUACUAAAAUGCACAUUAAAAGCACGGCUGUCAUUUUAGCAUCUUAGAUCCAUUAAUAAUGUAUCAAAAACUCCUUAGGUGUGUUGUUUUAGACGGCUUUGAGAAAUAUCCUUUAACAACUAAACUUUGCUAAGACGUUAAUAGGGCCAAAAAAAAAAGAAAAGUGAAUAUACCAGGAAGUGUUGUGUAGUUAUAUAAUGCUGUUACAUAUAAUGCUGACCCCUGUGGGUGAGCCUUGACAAUGCAAUAUGAAUUGGAAAACCCCUCCCUCAGAUUUGAGACUUUUUUAAAAAUGUUAUUUAUAUUGUAAUUGUGCUGUUAUUUUCUUCAGUAGUUUCUUAAAGGGGUAGGUAUUUUUUUAAAAAAACAUCCCCAUGUAUUUGGUAAUGGCUUUGCUGUCUUAAAACAAGAGCCCAAUAAAUUGGUGCUAAUUAUUCAGUAAUUAACUCAAACUGAAUGUAUUCCACUGUGUGUUGCCUUAAAUCAUGUCUCUCAGCUCCUACGGAGUAGCUCUUUAAUUUCCUGUGAGCACCAGGGAGUGUUUGCUCCCUCAGCUCUCAAUCAAAUUUUGCCAGUUGUGCCUUUAUAGGUUGAUAAUUUACCUUCCUUGGAAAGAUGCCCACACCUGGUAGAAUGACAAGGAAGGCAAUGAAAAACUGGGGAAAACAAGGAAGCAGGAAAGACUACUGCUCAAGAGUUGAAGUCCAGAAUAUAUACUGUAAUUAACAUUAUAUAUAAUGUUAUGGACCAUUGCCGAAAUCGGUCAGUUGCUGUAAUGCCCAGACAGUUGGCGAAGUGUCCAGCUGCAGCGGGUGAUGCUGAAUUAGCUUCGAAUUUUAUGUAAUUUCGUCAACUGCACUCAACCACCGGGGCUGAUGGCGAAGAAAGACUUGAGUGCGCCCUGUUGUAACAAAUGAAAGGCUAAUGGAAAGUAACACAGCAGUGUUCAUCCUCUGGGUAUCUACUGCAGUUCUCAAUAAUAGUUUGUCAGUCGAAUACCUUUAUUUAAUCAUUAGACCGACUGAAUCAUUUAUAUUUAUUUUUAUUUAUUCAUUUUAAUGAAAUGCUGAGGCAAAUGUCGAAUUGUCUGAGAUAUGAUGUCAACUAAUGUUAGACAUGAAAUAAUAUUGUUUGAAUGUGUAAAAAAUAUUUUCUUCAGAACAAAAACUAAACUUUUUUAUAAGAAAAUGUUUUCUUCCGAGUCAAAUUGUUGUUCAUAUUUCUAAAUAAGAAAAAUACAAACUUUAUGCUGUUGACUAACGAUUAAUUAAUAUUGCUGUGAUAAAUUAGUUUAGUCCCUGCGUUCUUCCUGAGUUUCAGGUAACUAUAUUUAACU